UCUGGCAGUGUGAUACAUCACACUAUUUUACACCUCUUUGAUAUUUAACACGGUUGUGAUGACUGCGCAUGCGCACAACUAGAUGUGUUGUUAAGUCGUCAGACUUUGUUCAUAACACGCUGUCAUCUCUGCACGUGGAGUUUGUAGUCUGAAGUCAGCUGAUCGACCUGCUGCUCUUCAUCUGUUGGAGUCACUGAUGCUUUAAUAGAAUGAGCUCCGCAGACAAGAAGGACAAACCUGCAGUUUACCAACGGGUCGUGUUGAAGAACGCCUCUCCGUAUCACUACAUGAAGGUCUGCCUUGUGCUGGAGGAUGAAUCUACCAGACUGAGCGCAGUUGAUUUGAAGCAGUUUAUCAUCUCAGGUCUGAGGAGUCUGUAUGGAGAGGUGGGAGCAGCGUUGACUUUUGACCUGUUGAAGUACGAUGAAGACACUCUCACUGCUUUUCUGCGUGUUAACAGCAGGGGUUUGGUGAAGCUGUGGAGCUCUUUGACUCUGCUGGGCUCGUACCAGAACCAGGCCUGUGCCUUCAGAGUGCUGCAGGUGUCUCCGUUCCUGCUUGCACUGACAGGAAACAGUCGGGAGCUGCAGCUGGACUGAAGGAUGAGUUUCAUGUGGAGAAGUAUCGUUAGUAACUCUCGGCUCUGCCUCUCGUCUGUCAGAGCAGCUCCGUCCUCCUGUCG